GGGCCGGGGUUUGCCGGCGCCGUUGCGUGGGUCCGUUUAGCGGGUCCCGCAAGGGAAAGAAUGGCUACCCUGGGUUGGGCGGGGGUGGCUCGUCUCCUUCUUGGGCAGCGAGGCGGGCGCCAAUCCCGGAGUGGCGCUGUCGCCACCGCCUGCAGGGACUCUUUCGGGGUGAGUGGCGGAGGCGGCCUCUCUCUCCCGCCAUGGCCCAGGCCAAGACCGGCAGCUGCGUGAAGAGUGGCACAGGCGGCGGCGAAGCAGCCCAGCAAGCGGGCGGUGGGCCGCUCCGAGGCCGCUUUUUCCGCUCCACGUCCAUGGCGGACCGCUCCAGCCGCCUGCUGGAGAGCCUUGACCAGCUAGAACGGAGGGUUGAAGCUUUGCGGGAUGCUGCAUCAUCAAUGGAACAAGAAAAAGAAACUCUUCUGGAAAUGAUCCAUAAUAUACAGAACAGCCAGGAUAUGAGGAAUAUCAGUGAAGGUGAGAGAGAAGAACUCAAUCUGACGGCCAAACGUCUGAUGGGCAGAACCCUGACAGUUGAGGUUUCUGUAGAAACGAUCCGAAAUCCCCAGCAGCAGGAAUCACUGUUUCAUGCCACGCGGAUGAUUGAUGAAAUAGUCAGUAAACUCUUAGAUGACUUAGAAGACUCCAAGAGUCGCUUAAUGUCACUGUAUGGGGCAUGUACAUCUGAGGUACCACCUGGGCCCAUUGAUCAGAAAUUCCAGUCGGUUGUAAUUGGAUGUGCUAUAGAAGAUCAGAAGAAAAUCAAGAGACGUCUAGAGACUCUACUAAGGAAUAUAGAAAACUCUGAAAAAUCCAUCAUGCUCUUAGAGCAUCAAAAGGCAACUACAAGGCACCUCUGCAACAAUGGAAAAGAUUAGAAGCUAUCCCUGUUUCCACAAAGCACACACAAGCAAAGGAAUGCUGCUCUUAAAAUCUAAAGUCAUGGAGGCUUCUUAAUGCAUAGCUGAUACUCUAGAAAUUUGAAGGAACAGAUUAUUUCUCUCCCUAAAUCAGCCCUUGCUGUUCAGUGCACAUUGAGGCAUAGUUGGAAGGAGAAAAUCCUAAAAUAAUACCAUUACCUUACUGGGGGUAAACGGUCCCUGCCUCUAUCAAGGAAAAGAUGACCAGUUAAAAGUUUACUCAGAUGGUGCAAUUGCCCUGUGGUAGCUACAGGGUAAAACAACCGCAGGAAUCUUACAUUGUUUCUCCUAUGAGUAUCAUUCAACAGUUUUUAUUCCAUUACUUUUGUUCCUCCUGCACAGGAAUUUCAUGUAGUAGUCUGUAGCCCGUUAAGGAGAACAAGCAGGUAUAGCCUAAUUUAAUAUAUAGGAAAUGAUACAGGCAUUUUGUGUCUUAUUAAGGAUUAGCCUUCUCAUAAAUCAUGUCAGAUUUGUUACUAGGGAAUUAACCAUUUGUUAUUUUUCAUACUUGUAAAAUCACAUGUUCCUGCUAAACUUGAAGCUAGUCAGUGCCCAUUUUUGUUUUGCUCUUUUUCUAGAAAGCUACUAUCUCAAUUACGUACAAAAAUUUUAUCCAGCACAUUUCCCCAUUUUUGGUUAAUGAACCUGUACAUGAAAGAGACUACAGGGUAGGGAUAUUGCUGUAACAGAUAUAAAGAAAGAUGUUGAUGUGCACUUUUUUUUUUUGCUAUAUAUCUAUAAAUAAAGAGAUUGUGCUUUG